UCCCCGCGAUCCUCGGGCUACUGCGCUCCUGGCAUCACCCGUCCGGCUGCAGUCAUUGCAAGUUCUGCAAACUUGGUUGUCAAGGAGAAGCAGAGGUCUGGAGGACUCUAAAUCCUUUUGCCUAGAGGAUACAAGUGGCUAAAGAUGAAUUUGGAAAAAGUAGUUCCUCGAUGCUUUAGCCAUGGAAAAGCAGGAUGUUAUGACAUCACAUUCUGACUCCUACAUUAAACUACUGAAGACCAAUCGAGAGCUGCUGGUCGCCCACAUCCACAACACACAGUGUCUGCUGGACAACCUGCUGGAGAAUGGCUAUCUCUUGGCUGAAGACGUGGAGAUUGUGUGUGCCUGCACCACUCAGCCUGGCAAGGUUCGAAACCUUCUGGACCUGGUACAGAGCAAGGGCGAGGAGGUGUCUGAGUUCUUCCUCUACGUGCUCCAGCAACUCACAGAUGCAUUUGUGGACCUCCAGCCAUGGCUGCUGGAGAUCGGCUUCUCCCCUUCCCAACUAAUUCAGAGCAAAACUAUUGUCAACACUGACCCAGUGAGCAGGUACACCCAGCAGCUGCGGCAUCUGGGGGGCUGCGACUCCGGGUUCCUGCCGAGUUACGCACAGGGCAGCGAGCGCGAGCUGCCGCUGGAGGAGGUCUACGAGGACCCGGUCCUGGAGCUGCUGGGCCCCGACGACGAGAGUCUGGGCCCUCUGAGUGGCCCACCCUGGCUGCUGGACCCCGAUCCUGGCGUCCUCGGCGGGCAGGGGGAGGCUGUGCUGGUGCUGGGCGACGCGGGCGCGGGGAAGUCGGCGCUGCUGCAGCGGCUGCAGGGGCUGUGGGCAGCGGGGCGCCUGGGCGCCGAGCUCCGCUUCUUUUUCCUCUUCCGCUGCCGCGCGCUCGGCGGGCUGGGCGCGGGCGCUGCGCUGCGCCUGCAGGACCUGCUCUUCCGCCACUGCUGCUUCCCAGAGCGUGGCGCCGAUGAGGUCUUCGCCUUCCUGCUGCGCUUCCCGCGCUUGGCGCUGCUGGCCUUCGACGGCCUGGACGAGCUGCCCUCCGACUUCGAUCCGAGCCGCGCGCCCGACAGCUGCAGCCCCUGGGAGCCCGCGCCGCCGAUGGCGCUGCUGGCGGCGCUAUUGAGUGGCCGGCUGCUGUCGGGCACGCGCAAGCUGCUGACGGCGCGCACGGGCACGGCGCUCCCGCGCAACCUCCUGCGCGCCAAAGUGCGGCUGCGCGGCUUCGGCCCGCUUCAGCUGCGCAACUACGCGCGCCGCGUGGUGCCGGACCGCGCCGCGCGCGAGCGCCUGCUACAGCAGCUGGACGCCCACCCCGGCCUGGGCGGCCUCUGCGCCGUGCCGCUGUUCUGCGGCCUCGUCUUCCGCUGCUGCGCAAGCCUGUGCGACACCCGGGAGGACUCCGGCGUGCUGACUCUGACCGACGUCUACCUGCGGGUCGCCGAGGUCCACCUGCGUCGGGCGCAACCUCGCAGCCUGGUGCAGCACCCGGCGCGCUGCUCGGCCGAGACCCUGCGCGCGGGGCGGCACGCGCUGCGGGCGCUGGGGCGCGUGGCGCUUCGCGGCACCGAGCGCGGCCGCUUCGUCUUUGGCCCCGACGAGGUGCGGGUGUCGGAGCUGCGGGAGGGCAGCGCGCAGCUCCUGCCACUGGGCUUCCUUCGGGUCCUGCCCGCGCCCGGGCCCGAGCCGGGCCGCCGCGUCUUCGAGUUCCUGCACCUAACACUCCAGGCCUUCUUCGCUGCCUUCUUCCUGGUGGUGGACGAUGGGGUGGGAACCCGGGAGCUGCUGCGGUUCUUGGGAACCGGGGCGGGGGCGGCGGAUGGAGAUACGGACGGAGAUGGGGACUCGGACGCCUCUACAGGCGCCUGCCACCCCUGCCUUCCGGCCCCGUGCCUGCGCGACUGCAUCUCUGCCGGCCUCGUGCCCUCCUCCGGCAAGGACCACCUCCAGUUCACCAAUCUCUUCCUGUGCGGGCUUCUGGCCAAGGCCAGGCAGAGGCUCCUGCGGACCCUGGUGCCCGCGGCUGCCUUACGGAGGAAGCGCAGGGCCCUGUGCACCCACCUACUCAACCGCCUGCGCACCCACCUGCAAGGCCUGCCACGGCUCCAGUCUGGCGGCUUCCGGCAGGUGCAGGCCAUGCCCGCGUUCCUCUGGAUGCUGCGAUGCCUCUAUGAGACGCAGAGCCGCAAGGUCGGGUGGCGCGCGGCGCGCGGCAUCCGCGCUGACUACCUCAAGCUGGCUUUCUGCAACGCCUGUCCGGCUGACUGCAGCUCCCUGGCCUUCGUCCUGCGCCACCUGCCCACUCGCCUGGCCCUAGACCUGGACAACAACAACCUCAACGACUUUGGCGUGCGUGAGCUGCAGCCCUGCUUCAGCCACCUCACGGUCCUCAGACUCAGUGUCAACCACAUCACCGAUACUGGGGUGAAAGUGCUGAGUGAAGAGCUGACCAAGUACAAGAUUGUGACAUUUUUGGGUUUGUACAACAACCAGAUCACUGACAUUGGCGCCAGGUACGUUGCACGAAUCCUGAAUGAAUGCAGAAGCCUCACACACCUAAAACUGGGCAAAAACAAAAUAACAAGUGAAGGUGCAAAGUGCCUGGCCCAGGCUGUGAAGAACAGCACGUCGAUCUUUGAUAUUGGGAUGUGGGGCAAUCAAAUCGGGGAUGAAGGAGCUGUAGCUUUCGCAGAGGCUCUGAGGGACCACCCCAGCCUGAACAACCUGAGUCUUGCGUUCAACGGCAUCUCCACAGAAGGAGGGAAGAGCCUGGCACAGGCCUUGAAGCAGAACACUUCUCUGGAGAUAUUUUGGCUGACCAAAAAUGAACUGAAUGAUGAAGUGGCGGAGAGCUUUGCAGAAAUGUUGAAAGUCAACCAGAAUUUGAAGCAUUUGUGGCUCAUCCAGAAUCAGAUCACAGCCAAGGGGACUGCGCUGCUGGCAGAGGCCCUGCAGGAGAAUAGUAGUCUCACGGAGCUUUGUCUAAAUGGAAAUUUGAUAAAGCCAGAAGAAGCCAAAGUGUUUGGAGAUGAAAAGCGGCUCAUCUGCUUCUGAAGGAUGUUUCGGGCUGGGUCUCAGCCCUGUGUCAGCCAAAGGCACCUUGUGCAGUCUGCGAGGCGGAGUGGAGCAAAGAGGCCGUCAGGAACUCCUCUGGUGGCUUGAACUGAUGCCUGCCCAAGUUUCAUGGGCUGUUGUAGUCACUGCACAGCCAACAGUACUGUGUCUUAUUAUACUGUGAAAGGUGCACAGUGUGUGUCUGUGAUUAUUUCCCCAGAUGCUGAAGAAGGAAGACCACAGAGAACAAAGAGGCUGAAGAAGGAGAACUAUGGAGAAUAGAAGAGGCUGAAGAAGACUACAGAGAACAGAGACUGAAGACAACUUUGGAGAACAAAAGCAGCCUCAGGCACAUAGCACUUGGCCAAC